CAGCAACAUGGACACAGACCCCUGGGCAGACGCCCCUCCAACCCCGCCCCCGCCUUCCUCCCUCCCAACGCUCCCCGUUUCUCCGCCAGAUGCGCGCACCGGCACCGGCUCAGGUCUCGCGUCCAAGAUGGGGUCGCCGUUAAAAGCUCAAGCGUCAACCCUUGAGGAUAUGAACGGAGGAUUUGGAUUUGAUGAUGAAGAUGAAGGGACUGGCGAUGUGGAUAAGGUGCCAGCGAGUGAGGAAAAGACAGGGGAAAAGAAGGAAGAGGCUCCAGCUGUUGCUGAAGCUGAAGAAGAUGACGGCUUUGAUGACUUUGACGACUUUAACGAAUCUGCCCCCACACCUGCUGUCGACGGAUCGUCCACCCCAGCUGGAGAUGACGACGAAGGCUUUGGUGAUUUUGGCAAUUUUGAAGAGGGUGAUUUUGAGGAAGAAGCGCCUCAGGAGACACCGGGCACUGGAGUAGUGCAAGAGCCCGAAUUGAUAGUAGAACGAUGGCGUGCUCUGGAAUUGAGACCACCACCACCAAGGUCUGAGAUAGCAGACCAGCUCUCGGCGCUCUUUGCUCCCCUUCUCGAUUCUGGCAAAGACCUCCUGACGAACGAACCGCCUCGAGCUGUCGGUGGCCUCAGCCAAGUCCUUGUUGGUGAAUCCAGCCGAGACGCCUACGCCCAGUUGACGACCCCGCCAUUGACAAAACCCCUCGACUGGACUCGUUCCCGCGUCCGGCGCGACCACCUCAUCUCCCUCGGCGUCCCCGUCAACCUCGACGAAGUCGAUUCUCACCGCCUUUCCUCUCUUCCUCCUCUGCGGAUCACUACAAGCUUUGCCACGUCCGGUGGGAGAGGAAGGCCUCAGCCGAGGAGGGCAGAGACGUUUGAUUCGUAUUCAAAGUCUGGGGAUGGUGAUGGGAGGUAUACGGCGGAGCAGAAGGGUAAAGGUCGUGAUCAGGGACCUUUCAGUGCUGCACCUGGAGAUGGCGCGGGGACUUCGGGCAAGUAUGGAAUAGGUUUGAGGCCAGAGAUGGAUACGCCGAAAGCGGAAGAGCUGUGUGGCUUGGAAGAGGACGCCCUUUCUCUUCUACCUUUAUCGACCUUGAGGGCCCUCCAACAAGAUCUUGUCACCACCUCGGCGCAGGCGAGCGCAACCUUGGCGUGGAUGUUGCAGCUCAAGGAUGCUCAAACGCAGGACAGUGCUACUUAGUAAAUCCCCAUCCGCCUCCUCACCCAUUUUUUGAAACUGACGUAUAUGACUUUCCAGCAAUGGCAUGAUAUCAUCCCUCAUCGCCAACGCCGCCCGCGCCAAAUCAGCCCAACAAUCCUCUGGCGGCGGUGUCUUCCGGCGCAGUUCUACCAAAGUACAGAGCCGACCGCAGAGCGUCAGUGGGAAUGGGGGCAUGACGCCGAGGAGGGUGGGAAGUCCAGGAAUGUGGUAGUUGGCUAGACAAUCUUACAAAGACGAUCCAAAAGGGAGACAGGGUGCAGUUGUAUCGAUCAAUCAUUUUGAUAUGUACCGAUGUGGAUAGAGGAGCAAUUUGGGCACAGGUUCCAAGUCGUGUUAUUUCAUGAAAAGUUCACUUAUCUGGCUAUAGCGUGUAUAUCUGGUUAUGUCAUUAUCGAGAACAAGCUACAAUUCGUGUUUCUUCCUCUCAUUCCCUUCACAGGUCCACAGGUGGAUUAUUCAGCCUUGAAGAGUCUCGCAAUCUCCCUCGCGCCUUCUUCACCUCCGUUCCAAAAGCCACCAAGCACCUCGGGCGCAAAGACCUUCUCCCUCACCUCUUGCACCGCACUACUUUCAGAUCGCACCCCACCAGCCCCACCAGCCCUCAACCUCCCAAGCUCCCUCUCCUCCCAACUCCCCCUCCACCAAACCCUCUCCACCGUCCCCUC